AUGCAGAAAGUGUUGGCCGAAGAAACGUUGAUGCUUGAGGAGAUGAAGCGACGACGGGAGUUCAUGAAGAAAAAGUUCGAGCUGAUGGAGGAAAUUGCUGCGGUACAAAGCUGUCCAGUGCCAGGGGCCCGAACAACAGAUCCUUUAAUGAAGGUGAAAGGUUGGCUCCAGAAGCAGCGUCAAGCCGAAAAUGAAUCAGUAGCGGUGGAUGACGAUGAGCACGAUAGCGACGAUGACACGGAGGACAACAUGGACGACGACGAGGACGACGACGCCGGAGAUACCGAAUCAAGUUCGGAGUAUGCGGCCGACGAAGAAGGUGACAACUCGGGCGAAACCGAAUCGGAAAGCGGCGAUAGCGAAGACGAUUCUAGCUCAGCAGACGAGUCAUACCACGAGCGAGGUGAUGAACACUAUGAGGAAAGAUUUUCUCCUAGGGAACGUUCAACUCCGGUACAAGUGAGGGCUUCCAGAACGUCAAAUCGGGAGAAGCAUUCCCGAGCUAGUGCCACGCUUUCCCGCGACCAGAUUGUGGCACGUCAGAUUGUGCCAUGUGAUCUCCCGAAGUGUAGCGGCAGCCCAGAAGAAAGGCCGAUGUUCAUAUCGACAUUCGAAAGUACGACGAGAAUGUGUGGCUACAAGGACGAGGAGAAUAUGAUCCGCCUUCGAAACUGUUUGCCUCUGUGCGGAGCUUUCUGA